GAUGAUAUUGCAAACUCGGCCUUGAGUAACUUCCCAACUCUGGUUUGCUCACUCUCAUACCGAGACUUGCCUCAAAUGGCUUUCACUGUCUAGUAACAAAUCAUUCAACAUGACCAGUAAAUCCACACUAACCUGCGGGAACUCAGGCGGAAUGUGUUCCACUGGACGUCGCUCGGCGCCAACCAAACCGCAAUGCUGGAUAUUGCUUUGGUUAAUUGUUCAUUGUACAUAUGCAUGGUAUUGCUGCGCGGCGACUGACUCAGGGACCGGCGUGGGGGUUCGGCACUCUGACAUUCCAACGAGGGGGUCGAAAGACCAGGAACAUGAACAUUUCGUGGGCGGACAGAAAGUGGCGAUCACACGCGACACGCGCGUGGGAGCGACCCGCCUUCUCCAGCAAAUGGGCCAACCGAGCCCUGCGCCACCGAGCCCCUCGCCUCCAUCGCCGCGGCCUCCCAGCCCUGCCCCUUCACCCCGUCCGCCUAGCCCGCGGCCGCCCAGCCCGCGGCCGCCUAGCCCAUCACCGCCCAGCCCGGCGCCGCCUGUCCCGCCUGCGCCUCCCAGCCCAGCUCCUAGCCCUGCGCCGCCGAGCCCCUCGCCUCCAUCGCCACGGCCUCCCAGCCCUGCCCCUUCACCCCUUCCGCCUAGCCCGCGGCCGCCCAGCCCGCGGCCGCCUAGCCCAUCGCCGCCCAGCCCGGCGCCGCCUGUCCCGCCUGCGCCUCCCAGCCCAGCUCCUAGCCCUGCGCCGCCCAGCCCCUCGCCUCCAUCCCCAGCUCCUAGCCCCGCGCCGCCCAGCCCCUCGCCUCCAUCGCCGCGGCCGCCCAGCCCUGCCCCUUCACCCCUUCCGCCUAGCCCCCGUCCGCCUAGCCCGCGGCCGCCCAGCCCGCGGCCGCCUAGCCCGGCGCCGCCCAGCCCAGCGCCGCCCACACCAUUUGUGCAAGGGGCAGUACCUUUCAAGAUCAGUGCCGAUUGGGCACCUAUACGAGGCACGGAUGGCCUACCACCGGCUGGGACCUUCACCAACGUAUCUGGUUGCCCGGACCCUCGUGAGGCUUUGCAGUACCACAACCAAGUCCGUGCGAAACACCAGGCGCCUCCCCUAACAUGGAGCCAGGACAUCGCAUCCCAAGCACAGGCCUGGGCUGAAAUGCUGGCAAAGAACAACUCGUGCGGCCUCUACCAUUCAUCGAUUGGAGAGAACCUGGCAGCGAGCUGGGGUUCAGCAAGCAACGUCGCCAACUGCACCCGCGCGUCGGUGUGGUGGUACGGCGAGGAGCCUCAGUAUGAUUACAGCAACCCCGGCAAUCCCAAAAACGCCAGCGACGUCAUUGGUCACUUCACGGCCAUGGUGUGGCGCAACCUCACACGCGUCGGCUGCGGUGCGGCUGUGGCCACCCACCCACAGUAUGGGUACUGCUGGGUCGUGGCCUGCCAAUAUCGGGCAAGCAUGAACAUCUAUGGCUACUAUGGGCGGAACGUUUUACCGCCAAUAGCCUCCUCGGGCCCAGCCAACUGCACGGCUCCUGGCACCGGCUGGUGUAACACCACCGCUGGGGCGGUGCAGAGCGUCGUGGACUGCGACGGCGACGGCGGGCUGGACGUCGCGUGUCGUGAGCCCGGCACCACCCGGCGCGGCGUGGUGCUGUCCACCCGCAGCUGCCGCAACGACACCGGCAGCUACAUGAAUCCCGACCUGGGCACCAUGGCCUGGCCCAGCGCCUCGCCCGUCUUCUGCCCGGCUGUAUUUGGCUACGAUCUGGACCUUGUGACGGCCUGGGCCUACGGCGGCGGUGCCUACGAGGUGUGGCGCGGCAACGCCUCUCUGACGAGCAGGGGCGUAAGCUGGGGCGGCAACAACGUGGACGACACGGCCGUCAACAACGAGGCGAUCACGUGGUCGUCGGGCUCAUCGCCCGACCCCACCCAGUACCACGUGUGCGUGCGCUGGUAUGCGGCCGUCCGGUACUUCCUGUUGAAUGUUACUCUGACAAUCAUGCGCAACAACCAGACUGCCGCCACAUUCACCAGCGCUGUGGACACCUCAACCUUCCAUUCCGCCACUUGCAAGCCCGGAGCUAACGGCUUCCUUGGGACAUACGACAUUGCCUACUCGGUGUUUUAUACUCCUAACGGCACCAUGAUCGGAUACUUGCCGCCCAGCCCCGCGCCGCCCAGCCCCGCGCCUCCUAGGCCGCCUGCACCACCAUCGCCUCCGCCUGCGCCUCCCAGCCCACCUCCUAGCCCUGCGCCACCCAGCCCCUCGCCUCCGUCACCGCGGCCUCCCAGCCCUCCUCCCUCACCCCGUCCGCCCAGCCCGCGGCCGCCUAGCCCAUCGCCGCCCAUCCCGGCGCCGCCUAGCCCGCCUGCCCCACCCAGCCCCCCGGUGCCGCCGCCGGUGCCUCCCAGCCCGCCGCCAUCUCCCCGCCCUCCGUUGCCGCAGCCCCCGGCCCCGAGCCCGCCCAUUCCCACAUUCACGCCAGGCUUCAACCUCCGCUUCAGGCUCAUGUGGUCGCAGCCGGACACAGGUAUCAACACCACCGUUCUGGACAAUGACAUCUACGUGCUCUGGUACGCCGGCAGCGUCCUGAACGUCGCUAGCUACUUCAGCAACUCCACUAAGGGCACAUACUUUGGAGACAACGUGGGGCUCAAAGUCAACGAGGAGACCGUGUACUGGCCGCCCGGCACGAUGCCCGAUGUGGCUGAGUACUCGGUGUGCCUGCGCCCCUACGUGACGCGCUAUCUGGAGCUGGAUGUGCGCCUGGAGGUCUUUGUCAACAGCUCGACGGUUCCAACGGCCGUCAUCUCCACGCGCUUGGACACGGGGAGGUAUGGCUUCAUCGGAGAGGUCGAGUCUUGCUCUUCAACCACUCCGGGCUUCAUGGGCCGGUUCAACUACACCGGCGCCAACAUUGUACAGACAGCAGCGCCGGCGGCGCCGCCUAACCCACCCACGACCUCGCUGCGUAUCCGCAGUCGCUGGGACGUGAAGAACCCAGGCACCUCCAACGUCGGAUCUAGCAGUACGGAUUUGGACAUGGUUGUGCAGUGGACAAACGGGACAACCACCUACUUUGUCAGCAAUAACAAAGCGAACAGUGGCGGAGCCUCUUACGUGUACGACGGAGGCUACUCGUUCCGGGUUGAGGACAUGCAGUGGGCCGAUGGCACGCCUCCUGCACCCUCCACGGUGAUCAAUGUCUGUCUCGCCUUCUACAACCCGAACGGCACGGCGCCAUUCUCAGUAAAUGCGGCGGUGGCGGUGGCGCUGAACGGAGAAGCGCUCACGACGCGGUUUUGGAAGGAGCUGUUCUCCACUGGGCUCCGGUCCGUGGCGGGCAGCUGGACCUCAUGCACCUCCACCUCGCCGGGGUUCAUUGGCUCCUACACCUACACUCCGCCGGUGACUGUAUCCAGCAUGAGUGCAGAUGGAGACGGGGCGCUGCUGAUGUCGGACGGCCUCCUCGACGGCACGGAUGCCACCCUUUACGACACGAGCGCUGGCGAUCCGUUCUGGAGCGGUCUUGGGCCAAGCGGGUUGGGCGGGUCACAGGUCAGCAAACAGCUGGACACUGGGGCCGCUCCCAGCAGUGGCUACAGCGCCACCAAACUGCAGACCAUUUCGCAGCUUGAGGGAAAGGCAGGGGCCGCCGCUAGGCAGGUGGACUCGCCUGCGGCCUCACAGCCAGAGCAAGACCUGCCGCUCCUGCCGUCUCCCGACGGCGGGGCCGGAGGUGCUCCCGGCGCUGCACCGGCAGCAGGGGCCUUGACCACUGCCGCCACCACCACCACCACCACCGGCAGCAGUGGCAGUGGCAGUGAAGCUGGCGGUGCAGCAGACACAGCAGGCGUACUGCCUUCUGCCGUAGCCGUGAGCACCAGCAGCAAUGGCAACCCAGGUGUCCCGGUGGCGACGGUGGUGGCCGCGGCGGUGGGGGGUGUCGUGGGUGCGGCCGUGUUGACAGUGUCUGUCAUGGCGCUGGUGCGCUGGCGCCGUGGGGCAGUGCGAGAACACACCCGUGUGGUGCCCCUUGGGGUAGCUUAACUGAUGUGAGCAUCAGCCAUUCGUAACUGUUUCAUAUGCCAUCUACUCAUUUGUGACGGAUUACGUUCAUGUUCAGUACUGGGCAAUCAAGUGAGUACCUCGUGCAAUACUUGCAUCUCCCUUUCAUGUCUGCGCUGCAAACGCGCAGUAGAGUACCAUGCACAUGGUGUUUGCGGCUCGGGCUUGAGCAGUAAGGCAUCAUGAUCGGCUUCAUGCAGAUUACGCGUUGAUUGACGUGCGUUCAGUGCUGCCAAACCUCGCAAGCACAUCACGCUUAAUGCAUCUACAUCGGUUUAACUUGCGUUGGUCACGAGAGUGACCUACAGCCUAAGCGCACACGAGCUAGUGAGGGGCCUGCUGCCUCAAACCACGAGCUAGUAAGAGAACGUGCAGGCGCCGGAAAGGGCGCUGUAGCAGGAUGCGGUGCUGUACAUACGGUAUGCGAGAUGUGGUGAGGCAACGUCUGCCGGCUAUGCCCGGUUAUGUCGGUUAACGAGGGGCGACUGAGUCGCUAGGCCCCUUCCAUUCUUUUGUCGCUGUAGUGUGUAUGCGCGUCGGGCAGCGUCGCAACUUGAGGUACAAGCGGCAGGUGGCCUGGAGACCUGGAGUUGUAAUCGGGCACUUUGGUGGCUGAUGCGGAAAUAGACGGUACAGGACGGUAGGAAGGCUCGCCAGGCUUGCCGACGCGAACCAGACACUAUUGGAGGCAACACGCGGCUGGUAGGGCUUAGAGAGGCUUUCUCUCAUGAAGGUUGCUUGGCGGUCCCUCAGAUCGGCCAAUGUCUGCAGCGUGUGUCAGAGCUCCUUUCUUGUUUGGCCAUGUCACGACGGGGAAGAUUAGUUGGCUGCCCCAGGGCAUUUCAUCUUUCAGCCUCUCCGGUUGGGGGUUUCCCCACAGGUUUUGACGGAUUACCCGGCCCCCACGCCACGCCCCACGCCCCCCCUCCCAAUGUUCUGGCUCCGUUUGGAGGCCGCAAAUCUACCAUACUUUUAAACC